GUAUAUAUAGCAUUUAUUGUUAGUCGGCACUGUACGGCUUGAUCUAGACGCUGCCAUACCGCGUGUGUUAAUCAUGAUUGCGGCCAUUCUGUUAACGGUAGUUGUCGGGGCUCUCGCAGAGCCAUCCGUGCAUGUUGUACCGCACGCUAAAAAGGCUGUACAUGAGGUAGCACACGAUGUCAAUAGGCAUGUUGGACUUGUCCAUCAGGUCCCAUUUAUUCAGAGAGAGGUCAAAAUUGUACGCAACGAAGUUCCAAGAUUCAUCAACAGACCAAAAAUCAUCAGAAGGACAAGGGUACAUGUACAGAAAUACAAUUACGACAAACCUUACAUCAGGAAGCACACAAUUAUCAAGCCUGUUCAAGUUGUGAAGAAAUUCGACGUACACAAGACAGUCGAUGUUCCACGACCCAUCCACAAGGUCAGAACAGUCGUUAAACCAGUGCAUGUCGAUCGGCCGUACCCACAAGUCAUUGUCAAGAAGAAGGUUCAGUACAAAGAAAACAGAAUUUUCAGACCUAAACCCGUAUUCGAGGAGCGUGUCCACAUCAAGAAACAACACGUGCCAAUACCAAUCACUGAACAUGUCUUCAAGAACAUACCUCAACCCAGGUUGAUUGUCAAGCACGUGCCUUUUGACAUCGUCAAACACGUUCAUCAGGUCAAGAAAGAGCCUGUUGCAGUCGCUAGAGUAAAGACAAUUGGAGUUCAAGUUCCGGUAAUUGAUAGAAAGAGAAUCCAUGUGCCAGUCGCUAAAAGCCACGGCGGCGGUUACGAUCAAGACUAAGCGUUCUUGUUAAUUGAAAGACUCAUUUGAGUGAAGACACAGUCUUACGUGACUAAUAAAAAUGGAUUGGAUAUCAUUUGCAUUGGUUUCUCUAUAAUGUACAUACAAUAAACCAUCGGUGCUCAUGUUAUGUAUUUCAUCUCCCGGGCGUCUGUAUAAAUAGAUCUAUAUUUUUAAAUAGAUUUUCUUGUUGUUUGUACAGAUAUUGCUUUUAAAAAAGAAAGACCACAAA